AUGGCCAUCGUUUCGCAGACCACCGAGGUAGUGGUGGCCACGAUCGCCAGCACUGGGGCGGCGAACGCCCUCCUCACGCCGCUGCACAGGUGGUCCUCCUCGAGGAAGCGCGUCGCGGAGGCGGUGGAGGCGGCCGCGGCGGCAAAGAGACGCAGGCAGCAACAGCAGCGGGCACUCUUCGAGCAACAACAACAAGAGGAGGACGGCACCACAACCACUAACCCGUGGGUAGCGCUCCUCAGGGCCGCGCUGCCGCAACCCGUCAAAAAGACAUACCGCACCGUCGCCGCUGUGCCCGGGCAGCUCGCCAAGAGCGGCGAGCAGGCAGCGGCAAGCCUCUCGGCGGCGAAGGACAACCUGGCGGCCGCGGCGGAGGUGGUAGCGGCGGCGCCGGGCCGCGCGCGCGGCGCGGCAACGCAGGCCCUAGAGACGACCAGAGCGGCCCGGGAGGCGAUCACGGAGGCGCCCGGCCGCGUGGAGGAGUUGGUGAAGGCGACGCAGGAGCUGCCGGGGCGGUUGCGGCAGGCGGUCGGGGAGGGCGCCGAGGCGGUGGCGGCGCUGGAGGAGGCCGGCAGGAAGGCCGCGGAGGCCGCGGAAACGCUGCCGAGCAGGCUGCCUGGUUUGAUUGAAACCACGACGGACGACGCACUAGUGCUAGCGGGCGAUUUGGCCGAGGGAACCGCCUUGGGGCUGGACGCCGCAGGCACGGCGCUCUGGGAGGUGACGAAAGAGCUGGGCGGCUGGGCGGCGGACUCCGUGCUUCGACCGGUCCUAACCCCCGUCCACGAGUACCGCACCUCCACCAGGCGCGUGCAGGACGCGCUGGACGAAGAGCGGGUUGUUGCUCUGAAUGCGGCCGGCAAAAAACGCUCCCUCUCUUCCGCGGAAGAAGCCAACGUUGGCGGCCCGGAAGCAGCGACGACUGCGAUUUUAUUGCCGCCGCCAGCGACAGCAUCAGAGACGGCCCCACCACCCUCUCUGGGAGAGGUAGGCAGCGCCGCGGGGGAACAGAGCACCGCGUCUGACGGCAGCAGCAGCAGCAGCGACCGUCGCACGCCCGUGUCGAGGCUGGCCGGACUCCGAGGAAGGUUUUCCUCGUGGCGCCGCAGGAAGAGGUCGAUUGUCGCGGUGGCGGUAGCGUUCGAUGAAGAUGGUGAUAACACGGCGGGCAGCAGCCAAGGCAGCAACGCGACGACUGGAACAAGGGAAGCGGUGCUCGACCCAACUCCCACGGUGUCAGAGACGGUGCUUGCGCGAGUAGAAUCGCGGGGCCGGGCUGCGCCGGUUGCGGGCUUGGAAAUUGCGGCGGGGCGAUCGGAUGCGGCGGCGGCGGCGGCGGCGGCGAAGAAGAGCGGAGAGGAAGCCAUGGCGACGUCGACGGCACCGGUGCGAACGGUGACGGAUCCACCCGAUACCGGCGGCGUCGGCGUCGGCGGGCGGCAGCAGCCCACCCUGGAGGAGAGCUCAACACAGUCGUCGGUCGGUGGAGCUACUGCUGCUGUGGCGCCCUCCAAAGAGGCCGCGCCUCAGUCCGAACCUGGCGCCCCCGCUUCAGCACCAGCGUUGGAGGACGAAAAGCUCACUCGCCCUCCAUUGGCUGAGGACGGCGGACCGGUCUCCUUGGAGCCACGCCCCGUUGCCGACACCGGUCCCCUCGAACAGGUGGAGGAGGAGCCGGAGGGUGGUGCUGAUAGGCGUGCUGCUGGUGGAGGAAUUUCCACUGCGAUCGCUUCGGGGACCCUUGGCCUGAAGCCCGAAGGGAGUGCAACGGCGGCGGCGGCCGUGUUGGCAGACGACGGUUUGAUGCGAGCGGGGGUCGUUGCGGGUGCCUCUGCUGGGCGGGCGCGGGGGGACCCCAAACAAAUGGGCGAUGACAACGGUUCGGGUCAUAAGGCCGGUGAACAAGACCCUCCGGCAAUCGAAGGAACGGCGACCCCGUCUGGGUUGUCUCGAACCUCCGCCUCUACCGCCGUGGUUGCUCCUCCUCCUCCCUCGGUAGGCACGGGAGCGGCAGCGACGGCGACCAAGUUGGCGGCGUCGUCUUCUACCGCCGCCUCGCCAGCAGCAGGUCUCACAAGCGACGCCGCCGCCGAGGCGUUGGCUGCCGAAGAAGCCACCGCCACUUCCGAAGCAGACCUUGACGCCGCUCCCUCCUCCGCACCCACUGCCACUGCCGGACCCACGCCACUCCCGAGGGCGCGAUCGACUCCUCGAGAGUCAGGCUCAGACUUGCCCAACACUGCUCCCCCGCAAGCAGUAAGCGGAGCGGGCCAAGAAGACAGAGAGGGCCGGGGCAGCGGCGUCGCGAAGCGAAACGAUAAGCCGAGAGCGGAUGCAGCAACCGGCGACGAGAGUCGGGAAAACGCACCGUCGGUGGGGCCGACGGCUUCGGCCUUGAAGACUAGCCCUGAACAACAACCACCGUCCAAAGCCGAUACUAACCCUGCGGCGGCGGCGGCGGCGGCGGGGGGGGGGGGGGGAGCGGGAGAAGCCGGCCAGGCCGCUGACCGGGAGGGUUCGAACGGUAGCAGCGGCGCGUGGGGUGUGCAACCCGCGGUGGAGUUCCUCAAGGGCUGGGUUGAAGCCGCGGUCCCGCGGAAGAAGGAGGAGCUGAAGCGGAGAGAGGACGCCGUCUGCUGGGAGCGACAAUGGUAUCCCGUGGCCUUCGCGUCCGACCUCCGACGGCUGCGGCGGCGGCGGCGGCGAUGGCGCGGCGGCGACGGAAGGAGUGUCCGUUUCGAGAUGCUAGGCCGAGAGUACGAGCUACUGCCGCCUGACGGGGUCGCCGACAAGCCGACAAGCCUCGAAACUAGGGCGUGGAGAUGCCGGUCGAUUGUCGCCCCCGACGACGGCCCUGACGAAGAGAAGCCGUCGAGGAGCUCGACCGUGGCAGCGGCGGAGGAGGUGCCCGUGAGAGAGUCCUCUGGGUUACUGUGGGCCUGGCCAGACACAUCGCCCAAAGGCCUCGAAGCGGCGGCUCUGGCGAGCCCCGCAUCCUCUGCUGCCGGUUUGGACGACGACUGCUGUGGCGGCGGUGGCGAGACGGCGAGUCCGUGGCGGCGACUGCUGCUGCGGCGCCACACCGCAGCCGAGGGCGGCUACGGCGACGGUGCUGGGGUCGAAGAAAAGAAAGGCGGCAGCGGCGGCCUGCGGCGGCGGCGAUGGCGACGGCGACGGCUGGAGGUUGUCGUUGUCGAGCACGACGUCCCCUGCGGGUACUCGGAAGCAGUCGGUGGGCUCCUUGACCCCGCCCACGGGGAGGCGGUGAUGGCGGCGGCAGCCGGGGGGGGCGACGGUCGGGAGGAGGCGGCGGCUUGGGUACUGGCGGCAGCUUCGAGCCUCUCGAGUGUCGCCGACAGCAGCAGCAGCAGCGCUGGAGUGUUCCGAGCCGCGUCCGGUUCACCGCGGGGACAGGGGGAGGUGGUGUUCGCACCUCCGACAUUUGUGGGGUGGCGCUUCGAGCCCACGCCGCCGCCGCCGCCGCCGCCGACAGCAGCGGCAGAAGCAGCGGCGCGAAGCGAAGAGGCUUCAACCCCGGCAUCUGCCGAUCGAGACCAACCCUCUCCUCCACCAGUCCCCGAUGGCGAAUCGCCAGAGGUGAUCAAGGAGAAGGAGGCGGCGUGGAACGCACCCCCACGAGGUCGUUGGCUGCGUAGACGGCUAUCCGGGGGGCUAGGAGCGGAGGAGAGACGACCGGGGGUGGGGGGGGGGGGGAGGGGGUCCGUGCGCUACGUGGUUGUGCUGUUGCCCGUUGGCCCCGAGCGCACGAAGGUGUUCGCUAGGCUCGAAGUGGCGCCCCCAGGACGACGACUGCUAGACGGCCUCUCCCUCGGGUCUCGGCGAGGUCGACGUGGGACUCUGGCCAAGGCAAUCGACGAUGCCGCAGCUGCUGCUGUGCGACGUAGCGCGGCCGGCGACCAAGCACAAGCCGACGCCGGCCGUGGUGCGAAAAGUUCCACCACGCACGGGGGGGGUGAGAGCGGCGAAAGCGUAAGCGGCAGAAGCAGCAGUGGUGGGAAGGGAGGAGCCCGGCUGACGUCUCCGGCGGUGGAAGAGUGGGUGCGGGGCGCCGGCAACGGUGGGCCCUUUUAAUAAAAGAGGACGCUUUUCGCGGCGUUUUUCUGUCGCGAGCCCUAUCCUACCAUGAAGUAAUAUAUUGAUUGCCUUGCUACAUGCCUGUUUUAUGUGUACUGCUAUUAGAGUUUUACUUCGACCGGACGUCUGUCUCUGAGCAGCCCAGUAGCGGGGCGACACACGUUGAUGUGUUCCUUGAUAUUCGGGGCCAGCCGUUGGUUUUCUUGUUUUUUGUUGGUGCUGUAGUGGGCGGUGCUCACCCCUGUGUCGAAAGCUAGCGUGAAGCGAGCUUCGGUAGGAAAGACACUCUACAAGGAGGCGGAGAUGUGGCCGUGGCGUUUUUUUCAAGAGAGGUGAUUUGUCUGGACCGGCAUGUACCGACGACGAUGCAUAGUUACACCGGAGGUACGUAUGAGUGCAAGUGCAAGGAAUCGCGCCAGAAAGGGCAAGCGUUCGGAACGUUUCUGAGUGCAGCAAUAUAUAUAUUAUAUAACUACUGUAGGCGAAGUGAUAUGUACAAGUAAAGCAUGUUCAUGUAUGUGUGUAAAACAAGCAAAUAAUAAAGUACGUGAGUCGGUCGAGCCGGGCAAGGCACCAAUCUACGAACCUUAAGGUUUAGAUAUUGACAAUUCAGCCGGGGUCACAUG